AGGACUCGAACCUGCGCCCCCGAGAACUCAAGUCAAGUGCGUUAUCCAUUGAGCCACGAUAUUCCCCAUAGAGAUUACACGUUCCCAUAGAGAUUACACAUAAAGAUCUUUUGGAUGGAGUGGACAUGAGACAAUCAUCAAUAACGGAAUGCAGUGAAGAUGAGUCCCAUCAGUGUUUACAAUGCAAUAAGACGUUUCCAGAUGAGAAUUCUUUAGUUCUACAUCAUAAAACACACUCUAGGGAAGUUGAGUUUGCUAGUCAUAUUUUGACAGAGGUUGGAGACAGAUGCUUCAAGUGCCCCCAUUGCCAUAAGAAAUUUGAAUGUAGGGAUUAUCUUAUAACCCAUAUGAGCACACACACUGGAGAAGAAUCUUAUAGUUCUCAUUGUGACAAGGGAUUUUCUCAAAAGAGCGAUCUUACAAAUCAUAUUAGAACUCAUACAGGAGAAAAACCCUAUAUUUGCUCUCAUUGUGGUAAGAGAUUUUCUCAAGAGAGUUAUCUUAUCUGUCAUAUAAGAACACACACAGGUGAAAAACCUUAUCGUUGCUCUCAUUGUGAGGAGGGAUUUGUUAAAAAGAUUGAUCUUACCCAGCAUGUACGAACACACACAGGAGAAAAACCCUAUAUUUGCUCUCAUUGUGAGAAGAGGUUUGCUACAAAGGUAAGACUUACCUCUCAUAUUAGAACACAUACUGGAGAAAAACCCUAUAUUUGCUCUCAUUGUGGGAAAGGAUUUUCUCAAAAGAGUAAUCUUUCUUGUCAUAUAAGAACACACACAGGAGAAAAACCUUAUCAAUGCUCUCAUUGUGAGAAAAGAUUUACUGACAAGUCCACUCUUAGAAGUCAUAUAAGAAAACAUACUGGAGAAAAACCUCAUCAUUGCUCUCAUUGUGAAAAGAGAUUUAAUCACAAGACCGCUCUUACAAAUCAUAUUAGAACACAUACUGGAGAAAAACCUUAUCAAUGCUCUUAUUGUGAGAAAGAAUUUUCUAGCAAGAGUCAUCUUUCCUAUCAUAUAAAAACACACUCUGGAGAAAAACUUUUUCAUUGCUCUCAUUGUGAAAAGAGAUUUACUCACAAGACCGUUCUUACAAAUCAUAUUAGAACACAUACUGGAGAAAAACCGUAUAUUUGCUCCCACUGUGAAAAGGGAUUUGCAAAAAAAAGCGAUCUUACCCGUCAUAUUAGAACACACACAGGAGAAAAACCAUAUAUUUGCACUCAUUGUGAGAAAGGAUUUUCUUACAAGUCCAUUCUUACAAAUCAUAUCAGAACACACACUGGAGAAAAACCCUAUAUUUGCUCUCAUUGUGAGAGAGGAUUUUCUAAAAAGAGAGAUCUCACCUAUCAUAUAAGAACACACACUGCAGAAAAACCAUAUAUUUGCCCUCAUUGUGAGAAGAGAUUUUCUUACAAGUCCAUUUUUACAAAUCAUAUAAGAACACACACCGGAGACAAACCUUAUCAUUGCUCUCAUUGUGACAAGAGAUUUUCUACCAAGUCAAAUCUUACAAGUCAUAUGAGAACACACACUGGAGAAAAACCCUAUAUUUGCUCUCAUUGUGAUAGAGGAUUUUCUAAAAAGAGCGAUCUUACCUGUCAUAUAAGAACACACACAGGAGAAAAACCUUAUCAUUGCUCUCAUUGUGAGAAGAGAUUUUCUACCAAGACCUAUCUUACAAAUCAUAUCAGAACACACACUGGAGAAAAACCCUAUAUUUGCUCUCGUUGUGGUCAGAGAUUUUCUCAAGAAAGUUACCUUAUCUGUCAUAUAAGAACACACACAGGAGAAAAACGCUAUAUUUGCUCUCAUUGUGGUCAGAGAUUUUCUAAAAAGAGUCAUCUUACCCGUCAUAUAAGAACACACACAGGAGAAAAACCUUAUCGUUGCUCUCAUUGUGACAAGAGAUUUUCUAACAAGGUCAGUCUUACAUAUCAUAUAAGAACACACACAGGGGAAAAACCCUAUAUUUGCACUCAUUGUAAGAAGGGAUUUGUUAAAAAGAUUGAUCUUACCCAUCAUAUACGAACACACACAGGAGAAAAACCCUAUAUUUGCUCUCUUUGUGAGAAGAGGUUUGCUGACAAGUCCACUCUUAGAAGUCAUAUAAGAAAACAUACUGGAGAAAAACCUCAUCAUUGCUCUCAUUGUGAAAAGAGAUUUAAUCACAAGACCGCUCUUACAAAUCAUAUUAGAACACAUACUGGAGAAAAACCCUAUAGUUGCUCUCUUUGUGGGAAAGGAUUUUCUCAAAAGAGUAAUCUUAGUUGUCACAUAAGAACGCACACAGGAGAAAAACCUUAUCGUUGCUCUCAUUGUGAGAAGAGAUUUUCUACCAAGGUCAAUCUUACAAAUCAUAUUAGAACACAUACUUGAGAAAAACCUUAUCAAUGCUCUUAUUGUGAGAAAGGAUUUUCUAGCAAGAGUCAUCUUUCCUAUCAUAUAAGAACACACACAGGAGAAAAACCUCAUCAUUGCUCUCAUUGUGAAAAGAGAUUUACUCACAAGACCGUUCUUACAAAUCAUAUUAGAGAACACAUAUUGGAGAAAAACCGUAUAUUUACUCCCACUGUCAAAAGGGAUUUGCUAAAAAAAGCGAUCUUACCCGUCAUAUUAGAACACACACUGGAUAAAAACCCCUAUAUUCAAAUCCUGCUGUGAAAUGGAAUUUGGUAAACAAAAAAUUAAAAAUGCAUAUCUUACCUGUCAUAUUAGAACACAUACUGGAUCAAAACCCAAUAUUUGCUCUCAUUGUGAGAAGGGAUGUUCUCAAAAGAGUUAUCUUACAAAUCAUAUAAGAACACAUACAGGGGAAAAACCCUAUAUUUGCUCUCUUUGUGGGAAGAGAUUUUCUCAAAAGGGCGAUCUUACCCGACAUAUAAGAACACACACAGGAGAAAAACCCUAUAUUUGCUCUAAUUGUGAGAAGAGAUUUACUGACAAGUCCACUCAUACCCGUCAUAUAAGAAACGCACGGGAGAAAAACCUUAUCAUUGCUCUCAUUGUGAGAAGAUAUUUACUGAAAGUCCAUUCUUACAAAUGUUAGAACACACAUAGGAGAAAACCCUGUAUUUGCUCUCAUAGUGAGAAGAGAUAUGCUUAAAAAUGGUGAUCUUAUCCAUCAUAAGAACACACGCAGGAGAAAGAGCUAAUUGUUGCACUCAUUGUGAGAAGAGAUUUCUGAGAAGUCCGUUCUUUCCUGUCAUAUAAGAACACACGCAGGAGAAUAACCCUAUAUUUGCCCUCCUUGUGGAAAGAGGUUUGCUAAAAAGGGCAAUCUUACCUGUCAUUUAAGAACACAUACAGGAGAAUAACCCUUUAUUUGAUCGUAUUGUGGAAAGGUAUUUGCUAAAAAGAGUGAUCUUACAACUCAUAUAAGAACACAUGCUACAGAAAAAAAAACCUUAUUGUUGCUCUCACUGUGAAAAUGGAUUUUGUAAACAGAGCUGUCAUACACGUUAUUUAAGGACACGCACACAGGAGGAAACCCCUAGAUUUUUUCUCAUUGUGAGAUUUUCCUAAAAGAGACGAUUAUGUAUAAGACAUAGUCAGUUACAAAUUUUAUACUGAAAAAAUGACGAUUUGCCAAUUAGAAGAAACUCACAAUCCUCUAUGGUUGCGAUGUCCCACCAACCAAAAGUGACUUCGCCAAAAAAAAAUCAGUGAACUGUAGCGUUGCUUGGUUCUCUGGGAGGGAGUUUGAGAACGGUUUUGAACUUUUUGUAGAAUCCCGCCCCAGACGUUUGAAAGCUGAAACCGUAAACUACCUCCUGGAUUCUCAAACCACCUGAUUUCUCUGUCUAGGAUUCCCAUGUUCUUGUUUAAAACAUGUCCUGUAGUGUCCACUCUAAAGUGACAGCUAUUUUGAUGCCCAAGAAGAUUCGGGUGCUCAUUCAGCUCACCCGCUUGUGUUUUCGGCCAUCCACUACGCGAUGUGAUGCGUGUUGCCCGUGGCACAAUCUACAAACAUUAAGAUCAACUUUUUUUUUAAAUCUCAUGACUAAUUGAAUUUGCUACUUUGUGCUUAAAAUCAAAAGUUUGCUCUAAUGAACUAAAUAAGGCCCCCCCAAAUUCUAACCCUAACCCUCCUCCAGUCUUACUCGGGUCAAUCAUAAUAAUAAGAACAAUAAUAAUAAUAAUUUGCAUUUACAUAGCACUUUAUCAAUCUUACUACUGCUCAAAGCCCUUCACUAUGGUUUAACUUGGCUAUUAGGAAGCUUGAUUUGGUAGUGUGUACCAACUCAAAACUCGAGCCAAAAUGAAGGUAGAUAGGAGCAAUUACUACAGUAUGGUAGGGUGAAUUUUAUUUUUUAGUCCAGACUAUUUAUUUUUAGUAUUAUCUUGGUAGAGUAUUACAAUUUAUAAUGUAUUAUUUACACCGCAGGAACUAUAACUUGAUUUUUGUCUCACCUGCAUAGCAGAGUGAGACUAUAGGCGCCGCUUUUCCGACGGCGACGGCGGCGGCGACGGCGACGGCGGCGUCAACACCAAAUCUUAACCUGAGGUUAAGUUUUUGAAAUGACAGCAUAACUUAGAAAGUAUAUGGACCUAGUUCAUGAAACUUGGCCAUAAGGUUAAUCAAGUAUUACUGAACAUCCUGCCUGAGUUUCAUGUCACAUGACCAAGGUCAAAGGUCAUUUAGGGUCAAUGAACUUAGACCAUGUUGGGGGAAUCAACAUCAAAAUCUUAACCUAAGGUUAAGUUUUUGAAAUGUCAUCAUAACUUAGAAAAUAUAUGGACCUAGUUCAUGAAACUUAUACAUAAGGUUAAUCAAGUAUCAGUGAACAUCCUGCAUGAGUUUCACGUCACAUGACCAAGGUCAAAGGUCAUUUAGGGUCAAUGAACUUUGGCCGAAUUGGGGGUAUCUGUUGAAUUACCAUCAUAACUUUGAAGGUUUAUGGAUCUGAUUCAUGAAACUUGGACAUAAUAGUAAUCAAGUAUUACUGAACAUCCUGUGCAAGUUUCAGGUCACAUGAUCAAGGUCAAAGGUCAUUUAGGGUCAAUGAACUUUGGCCAAAUUGGGGUAUUUGUUGAAUUACAGCCAUAAAUUUGAAAGUGUGUUGGUCUAGUUCAUAAAACUUGGACAUAAUAGUAAUCAAGUAUCACUGAACAUCCUGUGCGAGUUUCAGGUCACAUGAUCAAGGUCAAAGGUCAUUUAAGGUCAAAGAACUUUGGCCACGUUGGGGGUAUUUGUUGAAUUGCCAUCAUAUCUCUCUAAGUGUAUUGGUCUAGUUCAUAAAACGUGGAAAUAAGAGUAACCAAGUAUCACUGAACAUCUUGUGCGAGUUAUAGUAGUUUUCAAAAUCAGCACUGCUGCUAUAUUGAAUCGCGUGAUGCAGGUGAGACGGCCAGAGGCAUUCCACUUGUUGUAUUACCCAACC